AUUCAGGCUGGCCUGUCUACGAUCCAUCCAGGGUUUAACCUGCAGGCUGGAUUAUUUGAGCUCACAAAUCCUUGAACGAUCUGAACAGUCCCAUUGGUGAUCUCCUCCAGCAAGCAAAUCUGUGUUGGAUGGGUCACGUAGCCUGCAUGCCCAGCCACCACAUGCCCAAACAACUAUUGUUUGGCCGGAUAGAGGGGGUUAAAUGGGUGCAAAACAGGAUAGUUAAGAAAUGGACUCAUGUUGUACAGGGUGAUAUGGAGCUGCGUGGACAAGAUCAGCCUCUGUGGAGGAGGCUCGUGAAGGACACUACUGGCCAGUUGGAUGCAGUCGCCCUCCAGCAAUAGCAGAGUGCAGAAGAGCACCAGCGAAACGUUACAGUACUCAAGUGGGAAAUGUUGCGGUUUUACUCUCCAACACACCGGUUAGUGCUAAAGUAGUAACUCAUUGGCUAUGAUUUGUUUACGUGACAAACCCUAAUUGGCUGUGUUAGGAGGUGGUGUGUUAACGACACAUUUAUACUAUUUGGUUCUUUCAGUAAAGUCACGUACGUAUAAAAUGAAAUAAAUGACGUUUCGGGUGCAACACAAGCGUCCUUCAUCAGGUGGGAAAGUGAAACGUGAUUUAUUUUAUUUUAUACCUACGUGACUUUACCGAAAGAACCAAAGAGUAUGGAUUCCUGCAGUCACCAAAGCUUCAAAUCAAGAUUGACACAUUCAUAUUUACGUGAUCUUACCCAAAAUCACUUUUACUUAGGCUAUUGGUCGCGAAAGCCCCUGCUAUUUACUACGUGUUACACGUUAUUUACGACAUUCAGUCACAUGGUCUGUCUGGCGCUUACCCGGAGGACGGAACACGGACAAGCAAGCUCGCCUCAAUAGUGCCACAAGUCAGGCAAGUCGUCGAUUUCGGGGAAUUCCUCAUCCGAAAUGGUGGAGGUGCACCAGGGAAACAAUGGAAAACCAACAAUAGUGGCAAUAUCCUCGUAGAGCAAUGCCAAGCCACGGAAACGAAAGGGUGGUUGGGUGAGUCGGUGGGUGGGUAGGUGAAUUGGUUAGUGAGUGGGUGAGUCGGUGGCUGAGUGUGUGGGGAGUGAGUGAGAGAGGUUGCGAGUCGGUAGCCGUGGCGCAGUGAUUCGCACUACCGCGCUGCGCAACUAACCCGGGACCUGAUUGAACCGAGUUAGAUUUUCACUCGGCCAACAACAGCAGCAGCAGUACCUUGAUGCAGUGUGUAAACAGUGUGUAAACAUCACUACGAGGGAGACAAAGGCGGCUGGGUUAGGUGGUUGGUAGCUAACCAGGUAUUUGCCAGUUCAAGCUCACAGCACUUGCCUCAACCUGGCUGUUCUGGAGUGAGAGGGGGAGGCAGAGCGGAAAAAGCUGUCGCUGGAGCUUCAAGGCGGUUGAAGAGGAGGAAGCGAUGACAAGAAUGUGAAUUAUGCAAAACAGAGACGCAGGUAGAGAGAGACAAGAUAAGAUAGCGGUGUGAGAGGGACACUCAGAGAGAGACUCAGAGAAACUCAGAGACUCAUCGAAAGAUUAAUUGGGACACCUCGUCUAUAAAUGGCGUCACUGAAGGUGAUGGUGAUGAUGGUGGCAAUGGUGAUGGUGGCUGAGGCUCAAGUUACCUCAAAUACUACGGUUACUGCACAUGCUCCGGUUACUGCAGAUACUUUAGUCAUCAUCAUCUACAAGAGUGAUUUGAGCCGACCUCUUGGAGCCAGCUACUCCGAUGCUUGUGUAGCCCCCGAAUGGACUUUAGCCAUCAUUGCCUACAAGUUUAAUCUCACCCGACCUUCUGGAGCCAGCUCCUCAGAUGCGUGUGAACCCUACCCAACGGAUACCACAAUCCCGCCAACUUUAGUGACGACGACGACUCGACCUACAACUACCACGCAAAGCUCUGCCCUGGGAAUCGGCGUGGGAGUCGGGGUGGGAGCUGGGGUUCUGCUCAUCCUCGUCAUCACGCUCAGCGUCUGCUACUGCAAGCGACGCAAUGAGCCCCAUGCCCUACAGAAGCGUCAAAACACCUCUGCUACAGAGGAUCCCUCACGAUACAUCCCGAGUCCAGUUGGCCGGGGCCAACUGCCGGUGCCUGGUAAACUGCCUGGUAUGAAGGUGCAGCAGGAGAGUGAUGAACUGCCUGGUAUAAAGUUUCAGCGCGAGGCGAUGAAGGAUAAUGCAGAUGGAAUCUACGAAGAGCUGGACGAUGAGGGAAGAGCCCAGAAGACGGAGCCUCACUACCUGAACUACAAGGCUCAGGUUCAGCACUCGGCGUCGCCCUACGAAUGCCCAGACUCGCAGUUGAACAGCGCCACCACCAAGCCAGGGGUGGAGAGCCCGUACGUGGAUCUUACCGUUUAGUGAGCUGUGAGGAGUGAGGAGGAGGCAUGAGGAGGAGCAGGGAGGAUGAGGAGUGAGAAGGGAGGAGAAGACCCACAGAUUGACACAGAGACACACAGAUUCGUUACAGAGACCCACAAACUCACCACACAGAGACCCACAGACUCGCCACACAGAGAUCCAUAGACUCAUCACACAGAGACCCACAGACUCAUUACAGAGACCAAUAGAUUCAUCACACAGAGACGGAUAGACUCAGAAAGAGACCCACAGACUCAUCACAGAGACCCAUAGACUCAUCACACAGAGACCCACAAUCUCACACAGACUCCCACAAAGACCCACAGACUCACACAGAACCGACUAAUUUUGGUUAACUGCCAGCAGAUGUCCAUAGGCAAUGGCUGGUUUCGCGACUUGCACUAUCUAGAUGUACGUUCCCGUUCCAGCCUGCGCUAUGCAGUCACUCACUGGCGUCGCGUGGAAUCUUAUGUUUCAGGUCUUGGGGUUUAAAUCUGAUGUGUAACUUUGAGCUUUGUCCCCCCCCCCCCCCCCCGCACAACCCUGGGCUCGAGGGUCAAGAGGAGGAAGUAUUUACUCGAUCACCGAAUCGCUCACUUAGUAACUCACCCACCCAGCUACCCUAUCGCCCACGCACCUACCCACACACCCACUUACUCAACUACUCACCCACCAUAUUACCCAAUCACUCACUCAACCACUCACCUACAAUAUUACCCACACACUCACUCAUCCACUUACUCACCCACUCACCAACCUAUCCACUCAUCCACCCACUCACCCACCGACUUCCUCACUAAACUAAACUUAAUAUUUUACUAGUUAAAGCCUACUGAUAUAUAUAGUGGCUUAUCACGUGGAAAUGUAUAGUAGCCAAAUACUCUUAAUUCAUGUUGAUUCUAAAUAUGGAGGGAAAAAAUUGGAGCCGGAGAAAAAUCCAUUCAACCACAUCCAGAGAUACUUUAACUCAAAAUAUACGGCAGGCGUCAGGGUUGGAAUCGAAUCCAAAACCUCCUGCAUAGCAGGCGAGGUAGUUAACAUCUGCUAGUCACCACGGCGACCCCACUCACCCCCUCAUUCAAAGGAAAAGUGUACAGAAGGCAACGUUUCAGGCAAUGACCCUUCUUCAUCGCACACACGGAGAGAGAGGCGAGCAGUGCCAGUGAGCCUAAUGAAAACCACAGUGAUUAUAUAAUAAAUGAAUGCACUCACUUUCUGUCUGUUUAGCCUCAAUUAAUGCACUAAUUUCCUAUCAGUUAAUCCUCAAUCUAUACACCCACUUCCUGCCUCCCAAUGUUCAAUGUAUACAUCCACGUCCUGCCUCUCAAUGUUCAAUGUAUACACCCACUUCCUGUAUCUCGAUCCUCAAAUAAUACACCCACUUCCUGUCUGUUAAUCAACAAUGUGUACUAACUUCCUAUCUCUCAAUCCUCAAUUCAUACACCCACUUCCUGUCUGUUGAUCUUCAAUUCAUAUACUCACUUCCUGUCUAUAAAUCCUCAAUGUAUUCACCCACUUAUUCUCUCAAUCCUCGUGAAUGGAUUUGGGAAUUGGCGCAGCAUCACCUGCGUGCUCUGAAGAAAACCCUACCUGUCAAGAGCUGCUAGUGAUGGUGGUGAUGGUGAUGAAUAUCGUGGAGGCUUCUCGACUAUUAUUUAAACAGCGGUAGUGGAGCCGUUAGCUCACUGCGCUACAACACCAGUGACGAUUAUAUGAACAAGUCCUGGACCUCCCCUAGGUCGGUUUAGCCUCAAAUGAGUACCUGGUAUGUUGCGUAAAUAUCACCACUUUGGAAGCCACCAGCAUAGGUGCUCGCUAACAGCACUUUCCCCAACAGCCUGUUAAUGUGUUACGGGGGAUAUUUGUCUUUGGUGAUGGUGGUGAUGAAUAUCAUGAGGCUUCUCUCCUGUCAAUUAAACAUAUUACUGGUGAUGGUGA